UUAUCCCAGCCCACGAUUCUGAUACCUUUUUUGGUGCGACUCUGAAACUGAAAUCCAAACCUUUUUCGCUAUAACAAAGUACAGUCACUUGUGAAACGGCGUCGUUUCGAUCCUGUUCUUUCUUCGGUCAAUACGCGCUUCCGGCUCGUUCGGUACACGCUGUCCUCCCAACAAUUCCAAUUUCCCAUAACACAUAUACCUCUCUCUCACGCGCUCUUUUCGCUGUCACGGUGGCUCUUCCUCAAUCGGCCACUACCGCCACCACCACCACCGCUUCUACGCCAUCACCGGAGAAUACAACUUAAUGGAUAAUAAUUCGGUGUUCAACGGAGAUGGCAAUUUUAACCGAACAUUCUCUUCCGCUUCCCAGAGAGAUGUCCGUUACAGCUGCGGCGCUUGUGGUUAUGAGUUGAACCUAUCAUCCUCAAACCGGAACACCACAUCCAUCGGAUCUAAAUACGGGAAGUCCAUAAAGCGAGGUAUCAUACCAUUCUUCAAUAUUGAUGAUAGCAGAUUUAUGCAAGUUGAUGAGAUAAAGUGUGUCCCACAUUUUCAUAAACGUUCAUGGGGCUUAUUCCGCCGAAGAACUAAGCUUCUUUGUCGAAAAUGUGGCAACCAUAUUGGAAAUGCAUAUGAUGGUUACACUUCAUCCUCCCGUCUUGUGUCAAACGGAGCAGAAUCACCCCCUAGCUCCAAAGCGGCCAGUAGUGUAAAAUAUGACAUUCGCCUUCGUUCGUUGCAGCCUUCAUCUUCCGACGAAUCUAGAAUCCCCGUAUUAGCUCGAAAUGCCUGGUAAAAAUUGUACUUUUUUUUUUCCUACAUAGUAGUCAUAGGUGGUGUGGUGGUUGGAAAUUCAUUGAUAUAUACAUACAGUGAUCCGAUUUGGCGAGGUUUUUUUUAUUGUAUUUUCCCUCAUCAAAAUGUGAAUAAUAGCUAUAUGUGAAUUGUGAAGGUUGCAAUAAUUGAGUUAAAAAAAAACAUACUAAAGGGGUGGCAUUUUGUCAA